AUGGAUGCCCUCCUCGUCUCCUCCACCCGCACGUCUGGGGCUCCACCCCUCGUCUCCUCCACCCGCACGUCUGCUCCACCCUCGUCUCCUCCAGGGGGAAGGUCUCCUCCACUGUCCUCCACCACUAAGCCUCCUCCACCACUCGUCUCCUCCACCCCUCGUCUCCUCCACCCCUCGUCUCCUCCACCCCUCGUUUCCUCCUCCCCUCGUCUCCUCCACCCCUCGUCUCCUCCACCCCUCGUCUCCUCCACCCCUCGUCUCCUCCACCGCUCGUCUCCUCCACCCCUCGUCUCCUCCACCCCUCGUCUCCUCCACCCCUCGUCUCCUCCACCCCUCGUCUCCUCCACCCCUCGUCUCCUCCACCCCUCGUCUCCUCCACCCCUCGUCUCCUCCACCCCUCGUCUCCUCCACCCCUCGUCUCCUCCACCCCUCGUCUCCUCCACCCCUCGUCUCCUCCACCACUGGCGAUCUCCUCCACCACUGGCUGGAUCUCCUCCACCCCUCGUCUCCUCCACCCUGGAUCUCCUCCACCCCUCGUUUCUCCUCCCCUCUCCUCCACCCUGGAUUACACUCCACCCCUCGUCUCCUCCAGACUGGCUCGUCUCCUCCACUGGCCGUUCCUCCAUCUCCUCCUCCACCGCACGUCUCCUCCCCCUCGUCUCCUCCACCCCUCGUCUCUCCACCCCUCGUCUCCUCCACUGGCUCGAUUCCUCCACCCCUCGUCUCCUCCACUGGCUGGUCUCCUCCACCCCCUCGCUGGAUUCUCUCCACCCCUCGUCUCCUCCACCCCUCGUCACCUCCACCCCUCAUCUCCUCCACCGCUCGUCUCCUCCACCCCUCGAGCAGCCAGCCAGCCAGAAACAGUCAUCCUGUCAGGCCUUCAGUCUCCUCAACCUCCAGAGAGCUACCGCUGUAGUCAGCCCUAAGAGCCACGCCCACAGUUUUAACCACACCCACAGCUCGAGCCACACCCUCACCCAGAGCCACACCCUCGGCCCGGCCCUGCCUACAGCCAACACCUGGCCUGGAGGCAUCUCCCCCACCUCUACCAGCAGCAGCAGCCCAACAGCCAUCUCAGCCUCAGUUGCCCCCGGUGUGACCUUCUCCAUCAUCUCUGCCUCUCCGCCUACCGACACCGGGAACAACAGGGUGUGGACCAUCAGUGAGGCAGUCAAGGUCCAGCCACUGGUCUUCAACACUGACAAUAAGCGUAAACGCCUUGCAUCAAAUUACCUGAACGACCCGCUCUUCCUGUCAGUGAGAGCCACUGGGGACUACAGAUGGAAGGAAGAGCUGGAGCACGACGACCACUGCUCUGUGUGUAAGGGGGACGGAGAGCUGCAGCUGUGCCACAACUGCCCCAGAGCCUACCACCCUGACUGCCUGCACCCACCUCUCAAAACACCGCCCCGGGGGGUCUGGGUUUGCACCAAGUGUCAGAAGAAGGUUCUGAACAAAGAGAACAUGUCGUGGCCACAGAACUUUGUCCAGUCCUAUGUGACACACAAGACGGUGAGAGAGGGGGAGAAGAGGAGUCUACUCAGGAGGAAUGUAGAGCUGAAGAAGGAGUGUGCUCACCUGGAGGAACAGGAUCAGCAACUCAGCAAGUCCCUCACGAAGGUGAUGGGCGUGCGGGAGCGUCUGAUUGGUCAACAGAGGGACACCCAGUCCUCCCUGGAGCGUCUCAAGGCUCUGAUUCGUCUGAUCCAAAGAGACCAGAUGAUCCAGGUUACCAUGACAGCCACCGCCACCACCACCGGAGUGUCCCUGCUCUCCCUGCCCUGGAUCAAACCCUCCGGCGCCGCCACACACACACUGCCCCUGCUGGACCGUCUAUGCUACUGCAGCAGAAGACUCUGGUCAUGCCACAGUCUCAGACACAGAGCCAGGCUCAGGGCAAUGUCUGAGCUCUAGUAGUACCACCCCAGCCCAUCAGGGGCCACAGUUCACAGUCCAAGGUUGCGCCACAAAUGGCACUCUAUUCCCUAUAUACUGUAGAACUUUUAAUAAACAGACCCAUAGGGGAAGUUUCAAAUACAUGUCCAUUUGACAUCAGAGCCCUGGUCUAUAGUAGUGUACUAUAUAGGGAAUAGGGCCCUGGUCUAAAGUAGUGUACUAUAUAGGGAAUAGGGCUCUGGUCUAAAGUAGUGUACUAUAUAGGGAAUAGGGCUCUGUCUAUAGUAGUGUACUAUAUAGGGAAUAGGGCUCUGGUCUAAAGUAGUGUAAUAAAUAGGAAAUAGGGCUCUGGUCUAAAGUAGUGCACUAUAUAGGGAAUAGGGCUCUGGUUUAUAGUAGUGCACUAUAUAGGGAAUAGGGCUCUGGUCUAAAGUAGUGUACUAAAUAGGGAAUAGGGCUCUGGUCUAAAGUAGUGUACUAUAUAGGGAAUAGGGCUCUGGUCUAAAGUAGUGUACUAUAUAGGAAAUAGGGCUCUGGUCUAAAGUAGUGCACUAUAUAGGGAAUAGGGCUCUGGUUUAUAGUAGUGCACUAUAUAGGGAAUAGGGCUCUGGUCUAAAGUAGUGCACUAUAUAGGGAAUAGGGCUCUGGUCUAUAGUAGUGCACUAUAUAGGGGGAAUUAGGGCUUUGGUCUAAAGUAGUGCACUACAUAGGGAAUAGGGUGCCAUUUGGGACUUAGACGAAGUAUCCAUGCCACGUGGCCACCUGUCACAGAGACAUUGAAGACAGCGGGGUUUUUUAAGAAGAAGAAGAAGUAGAAGUAGAAGUCAGAGACUCCAUUGAAACC